AUGGAUCUUAAGGCAAGCAUUUCUAUAUUUCUGGUCCUGUGCAUGGCGUGGGGUGCCCACGGCGAGGUCAACUGCACCGCAACGGGCAUCGGUCGCUUCGCGGACACCAGUGACACCACCUGCCAGAACUACACAUUAUGUGUUCUGGACACCACCACGAACACCUACUCUUCGUACAACUACACCUGCCCGACCACCUCCGUGUUUAACCCCAACACUGCCCAAUGCACGGCUGCCAGCAACUACAACUGUAGUUCUUCAGCAGUCUGCACCGCCGAUGGCUACGUCGCAGACCCUGACGUCACAGAUUGCUCCUCCUACAUCGAAUGCGUCGAAAUCGAUGGAACCUUCACAGAGACCACCUACACCUGCCCCGAUAGCACUUACUUCAACCCAGACACUACUAAUUGUGAAUCAGAUUAUGAGUGCACUACUUCUACAGACUUUUCUUGCACCACCGCUGGGAGAUUCGCUAACUCAACGGACACCACAUGUCAGACGUAUUACUUAUGUGUAGAGGCCACUGACGGAAGUUAUACUCAGUAUAACUACACCUGCCCCACGACCUCAGUAUUCAAUCCGACGACCAAAGUGUGCACUACUAGUUAUACCUGCACUACAACCUAAACAGCGGUGUUCGAGUUCUUAGUUUUGGGUAAAAUAUUGCCUAAUUGUAAACGCAAAUAAAAAUAUUUGUUAGUAGAA